ACGGAGGAGAAGCCAUGGCCGGCAUAGAAAAAUGGCGGGGUCGGCCGGCUGCAGAGCAGAAGAAUCUUUCUUCGAAAUGCCAAUGGAACGGAGGAGGGAGAGACUUUUUGUACGGGGGGAGAAGGAGGUGAUGAGGAAUCGUGUGGCAUUUAAGGCGGCACGGCGCAGCGUCUGGGUGCGGCAUGCAUCGGCAUGUGAGUCCGCGCCGGGGUCCGUGCGCGCGAGCUCCGCCUCCCCCGUCGCCGCAUUCCUAUUUAAGCACCGCCGCGAUCACCGCCAUCUUCCUCACUCAUCAGUCAUCACCUCUCCGGCCGGUCUAGUACUCUAUCCUCCCACAUUGCGUCGAGCGUGCCCACCCACACACUGGCCUGCGACUGCAGGAGAGAGCGAGAGCCUAGGUAGAUUGCCAAUCGACAUGGCGCGCAAGGUAUCGUCGUGCCACUCGCUGGUGGUUGUCUUCGUCGCCGCGAGCCUCGCCGCGACGGCCCGGGCAGCAUGGAUCAGGGGCUCGGCGACGUUCUACGGCGGGGCCGACGCCUCCGGCACAAUGGGUGGCGCGUGCGGGUACGGCAACCUAUACUCGACGGGGUACGGGACGAACACGGCGGCGCUGAGCUCGUCGCUGUUCAAGGACGGGGCGUCGUGCGGGGAGUGCUACCAGGUCAUGUGCGACCAGCAGAACAGCCAGUGGUGCAGGCCGGGCGUGACGGUGACCGUCACGGCGACCAACCUGUGCCCUCCAGACUGGUCCAAGCCCAACAACAACGGCGGCUGGUGCAACCCGCCGCGGCAGCACUUCGACAUGGCGCAGCCGGCCUGGGAGAAGAUCGGCGUCUACCGCGGCGGAUACGUCCCGGUCAUGUACCAGAGGGUGUCGUGCUCGCGGAGCGGCGGCGUGCGGUUCACCAUCAACGGCAACAACUACUUCGAGCUGGUGCUCAUCACCAAUGUGGCCGGGCCGGGGUCCCUCAAGUCGGCGCAGAUCAGGGGCACCCGGACGGGGUGGGUCACCAUGUCCCGGAACUGGGGCGCCAACUGGCAGGCCAACAACUACCUCAAAGGCCAGAGCAUCUCCUUCCGGGCCACCGCCACCAACGGCCAGACGCUCGAGUUCGGGAACGUCGCGGGCCCCAACUGGCAGUUCGGCCAGACCUUCACCAACGGCCAGAAUUUCUACUAGCGGCGCGCCGCCACGCCGGCCGCCGGCUCUCCUGUUUUCCCUUGAUCAAUUUUGCAUCUGGAAACUUGCCAAAAAGAAGGCCUUAUUUAGUAGCGUCAUUGUGAUGGAAA